CAAGAUGGCCGCCUGUCAUUCUUGUCAAUGCGGAUCCAGAUGUUUAUUCAGCUAAGAUUAAACUGACCUGAUAUAUUUCUGCUUUAUAUAAGGUUUCCCCAAUCCAGAACUAAUGUGAAUAAUUAAUUUGUUAUGUAACUGCACAUAAAAAUGCCAUGAACAGCUGCUAUAAGAAAGAUGCUCCCCUUAAGGCAAAAGUUUUUUUUUAUUCCAUGAUCUUAGAAACUAAACCUUCUGGUAAAAAUAAGUCGCAAAUCUCACAGUUGCUUAGGGAGAUCCGAUUUAGUGCUGAUGGCGAGAAAAUGUUUGAAAAGUUAUGUUAUUGUGGACAAAGUUGCACAAAAAUCCCAGAAGCCCUAACGAAACUUUACGCCCCAAAGGUGCACAGCUUGGAUCUCAGCUACAAUGAAUUGGUGACUUUAAGAGGCCUAGAACACUAUACGGGCCUUAAGGAACUUGUUUUGGAUAAUAACCAGCUGGGAGACAAUUUGGUUUUACCCCAUCUGGAGAACUUACACACCAUGUCUAUGAAUAAAAAUAAGAUUAGUAAUUUAGAGGGUCUCCUGUUGCAAAUCAAAGAAAAACUGCCGCAGUUGAGCUAUUUAAGUCUUUUAGGUAAUCAAGCGUGUCCCAACCAGCUGUCCAGUACGGAAAACGAUGAUGAGGACUAUCAGAGAUACAGAUACUUCGUGUUACAUCACCUUCCUAACCUAAAAUUCCUUGACUCGACCCGCGUGACGAGCCACGAACGUACGGAGGCCAGAAGUCGAGGCAAAUACAUGAACGUGGUUACGCCCUCUGGCAACGUGGAGGUUAACGUUAACGUAAACCAGUUUAACGUUAGUGGUAGUCUUAAGUAUACACCUCUGCCAAAAGCCCUAAGGAGUCCUGAGGAUUAUAAGGGUGCUUAUGGGAAAUGUCGUUAUAGAUAUAGCGGUAAGCACUCGGAGGGAAACAGAUUUAUUUUGAAUAAUGAUCUUUAAAAAUAUGUAAUAGAAAGUUAAUAAAUGUGUUUUAUUUACUGGG